AUGUUGUGGUCCUUACGGCCACCCGUCAGUUUUCAGUAUCGGCAGAUCAGGUCACGUGACAAGUGGCACUGAGCGAGAGAAAGAAAACGGUCGCGCGGUCUCCACCGCCUCACAACCGCGCGGAUGAAACACCGGUCACCUUCAGAGCAGCAUCACGGGAAGAGGCCCCGUGUUCCUGUUCCCGCUGCGGCUGCCUCAACCUCGGCGCAAGACGGAAUGGAGGACAAAGCACCAUCAAUUCCGCGGGAACUCACACAAAACCCCCUGAAGAAGAUUUGGAUGCCGUAUAAAAACGGCCUUCCUGAAAAACACAUUUCUCAAAGGAAGGUAUGUAUGACCAACUGUCCCACCCUCAUUGUUACUGUGGGCCUUCCAGCCAGAGGGAAGACCUACAUCUCCAAGAAGCUGACGCGCUAUCUCAACUGGAUAGGAGUGCCCACCAGAGAGUUCAAUGUUGGACAGUACAGAAGAGAGUUUGUAAAGAUCUACAAGUCUUUUGAGUUCUUCCGUCCGGACAAUGAGGAGGGGUUAAAGAUCAGGAGACAGUGUGCUUCAGCAGCCUUGAACGAUGUGCGACACUACCUCACAGAAGGAGGAGGCCAGGUUGCGGUCUUUGAUGCAACAAACACUACCAGAGAAAGAAGGGACACCAUCCUCCAGUUUGCCGAGCAGAAUGGCUUUAAGGUGUUCUUUGUGGAGUCUGUGUGUGAAGACCCCGAUGUCAUACAGGAGAACAUAGUGCAAGUGAAGCUGGGCAGCCCGGACUAUACGAACUGCAACACAGAAGAAGCAGUGGAAGAUUUCAUGAAGAGGAUUAAGUGUUAUGAAAACUCAUAUGAGACGUUGGAUGAGGUUCUGGACAGAGAUCUUUCCUACAUUAAAAUCAUGGACGUGGGUCAGCGGUAUUUAGUGAAUAGAGUGUUGGACCACAUUCAGAGCCGGAUUGUGUACUACCUCAUGAACAUCCACAUCACACCCCGCUCGAUCUAUCUGUGCCGUCACGGGGAGAGCGAGCUAAACGUCAAGGGUCGUAUUGGAGGAGACUCCGGCCUCACAACUAGAGGGAAGGAGUUUGCUAAGAAGCUGAGCCAGUUCAUCCAAGAGCAGAACAUCAGCGACCUGAAGGUCUGGACUAGUCAGAUGAAGAGAACCAUCCAGACGGCUGAAGCCCUCAAUGCGCCCUAUGAGCAGUGGAAGGUCCUCAAUGAGAUUGAUGCUGGGGUGUGUGAGGAGUUGAUGUAUGAGGAGAUCCAGGAAAGCUACCCUCUGGAGUUUGCACUAAGAGACCAAGACAAAUAUCGCUAUCGGUAUCCAAAAGGAGAGUCCUAUGAGGACCUGGUGCAGCGGUUGGAGCCGGUCAUCAUGGAGCUGGAGAGGCAGGAGAACGUGCUGGUCAUCUGUCAUCAAGCUGUCAUGCGCUGCCUGUUGGCAUACUUUCUGGAUAAGACCGCAGAGGAGCUGCCGUAUCUGAAGUGCCCGCUGCACACGGUGCUGAAGCUGACGCCGGUGGCCUACGGCUGUAAAGUGGAGUCCAUCAGCCUAAACGUGGACGCGGUGAACACACACAGAGAAAGGCCGGCGAACGUGAAUGUCCAUCGUACCUCUGAAGACGCCCUGCAGACGGUCCCUCCUCAUCUCUGAUAACUUGUGCUGGCUGGAACCCAGUGACACUGAAGUUGGAUCUUUUCCCCUUCCUUGGGUUUUCUUACCUUUCCAAUGUGCAUAACCUUCUCACACUGGUGACCAUCUGGUUAAUGUGUCUCCUUCACCACCAGCACCACACACACACACACCUUUCCCUGUGACCCCUUAUUGAAGCGUUUUUGAGGCACUCACCAGAACACACGAGCGUCCGGGCCUCAGGGUUCACAUUUGGAAGCGGGGUACUCGGCAUAGUCGGUCCAGAUUAUUUAUGAAUCAAACUAUUGUCUUGCACAGCGGGGAGUUAAACACUUGGCUCACGCAGCAGAUUCCUGCCUGCUUGUUACUGUACUCAGUGUGGUUGCAUUGUGUUGAUUUUGCACAGCAGUAGCACUAACACUGAAAGUUACUGUGAGAUGUCUUGGAAGUAUUAAUCCUGUGAUUUAUUUAUUUUUUUUCCCUGCUACACAUUUGAUAUGCAACAGCAAUGUGCAAUCAUUGUCGGAUGUGACGCCGUCAUCAGUGAUCAUGUGCAAUUUGUAGGCUGCAAACCUGCUCAGAAAACGGCUUGCUAUUUUAAUAGUGCUGAUUCAGUGAUAGAUUAAAGGACUGAGUCUUUUUUUUUUUUUUUUAUGGUAAACAAAUAACCAUUUCAUUUUUUUUAUGGCUGGGUGGUGUAAUAGCUUUCUUGAGCUAUGUGAUGUAGAAUAUCUUCUUGUAUAGCGUCAGCUGAAACACAUGUUUUAUGUAAAUGAUGAUUCCAUAUACGGGGCUUCAGUGAAAUCACAGCACGUGCUUUCAUCACUUGUUUGUGUGAAGAACACAUCACAAUAUUAGAAAUGCAAAAAAAAAACAAAAAAAAAACCCAGCCCCACAAUAUUAACUUAAAGUUGUUGGUGUUGAUAUGGGUCACAAUUUCAAAAUGUACAUCCCAGCUCCACUAUAAUAAAGAUGUUAUUUUUUUAAGCCCA